AUGCAGUCAGACAGCGGCUUAAACAACUGCCCUGCAGCAGUGGAAGAGCUGGAGAAAGAAACCAGGAAACUGAUUACCCAGUUUCUCACAGACUUUGCUGUACAAUCUGCACCGAGGUUGAGUGACGGCAAAGCACUAUCAACAAUGAAAAGAGUCGUGGACGGACUUUGUGAAAAACACAGAUACAAGUACAAUGGUAUGAUCCAAAAUAUGGCAUUGUAUCACAAAGAGGAAGAUGUGGCUUUUGUCAGUGCAGUAGCUGCGAGCCUUUUCGAAGACUGCACCGUCACCUGGGGUCGCAUCGCCAGCCUGAUGGCGUUUGGGGCGGUGGUGUGUAAGCACCUGACGGAGAGAGGCUCGGAGAACUCAGCAGAGCAGGUGGGGCAAGAGAUCUCCUCAUACCUGCUGUCUCACCAUCGAGGCUGGAUGCUGGAAAACAACUCCUGGGAUGGAUUUGCAGAGUACUUCCAAGCAGCAGAGCCAGAGAUGACGAUGAGGAACACUCUCAUAAGCCUCGCUGGACUUGCUGGACUCGGGGCAACACUUGCCCUUUUCAUCAAGGUUUUCCAGAGGAUUCUGCAGUAA